AUGGCUCACAAUGAAAUUUAUGAGAACUUGAGAGACGACAAGGUAAGUGAAGAGACGAGGAAACUCAUCACUUCACUUCCUACAGACAAAGAUUCUCAAGGUAACCUCUGCAAGUACCAAGCCUGUUGGUAUUACUACAACACUUUCCAAGCAGUCAUCAAUUUCCAGAAGCAUUUCCAGCCACAAGAAACUGAUAUAGUUCUUGCUACUUUCCCAAAGUCCGGCACUACUUGGCUCAAGGCACUUACGGUCGCACUCUUGGAGAGAUCUAAACAUGAUGAUCCGCUGAACCAUCCAUUGUUAUCAAACAAUCCUCAUGCCAUAGUACCAUUAUUGGAGAGUCCAACACUAGACCUAACCAAGUUCUUACCAUCAUCGUCCACGAGGCUGUUUUCAACUCACAUGCCUUUUCACACCGUGAAAGAAGGCCUCAAGGGUUAUCCUUGCAAGAUUGUGUACAUGUGCAGGAACGCAAAGGACGUGUUGAUAUCUCUGUGGCAUUUCAGGUGCAAGUAUCAGAAAAUUGAAGUAACUAAAAGCGUUCUCGAGUCAACGUUCGAGUCUUUCUGCAGAGGAGGCAACUUCUACGGUCCCAUUUGGGACCAUGUUCUCAGCUACUGGAGAGGUAGCUUGGAAGAUCCGAGUCAUGUCCUGUUCAUGAAGUACGAGGAGAUGAAAGAAGAGCCUUACGCUCAGCUCAAGAGACUUGCGGAAUUUUUAGGUUGUCCUUUCACUGAAGAAGAAGAAGAAGAGAGUGGAGCUGUGAACAAGAUCUUGGAGCUAUGCUCCCUGCGUAGUCUUAGCGACUUGGAGAUCAACAAGUCGGGAAAAACCGUUAAUGGCGUGGAUUACAAGUACUUUUUCAGGAAAGGAGAAGUCGGGGACUGGAAAUAUCAUCUCACUCCAGAAAUGGUGAGCAAAAUCGAUAUGAUCAUUGAGGAGAAACUGAGAGGUUCAGGCUUGAGUUUUUAG